AAGUAAUUUUUUCUUCCGCAUGCGCAGCAAGAUACCAUCUUGUUAUUUCUAAAACGACAACAGUGAGCACACGUGCACUUCUAACCGGUUAGCUCGUGGCUGCUAAAAAAAAUAUUCUCAGUGAAAAAAAGUUAUAAAAAUGAGUGAAGAAUCGGAAGAUUCAUCAUCAGACUUACAAGAAGCAAAACUGAUUCUCUGUAAGUACUGUUCCCAAACAUGUGACCCUUGCGAAAAUCCCAGUUUGAAGUGUCUAAACUGCGAGGCGUCGAUUCACGUCCGCUGUUUGCGUCGCGGUGGAGUACCUGGUGGUUUAAUUGGAGAUGUGUUUUUCGACUUGACUUGCCAGGAAUGUCAUCCGCUGGGAGAAGAGACUCUGGUGAGACAGAAGAUGUCUUGGUUGGGAAUCGUGAUCCUGACUUUGUACAAUUUGCGUGCUACAUCUGCAGGUAUCAGCAACCGGGGAUACUUUCACUGGAACUUUCACGUGAACGCCUUCAUCGAGAGGAACUGGGACAUCCUCUUCCCCAGGAAUGUCAAGCAGAAGAAGAACUGGAAAGGCACUAUCUCCGGCGCGCUGUCGCAUUCCUCCAAAAAGGGCCAGAAAUUCUUCCUGUCCGGGACUGAUGAGCUUGGAGAGCCCGGGUUCUGGAAGCUCACCAGCCACGAUCCUCCAGAGGUGCUGAUUGCCAGGAAUGAGCAGGCGAUAAACGAGCGAAAGCGCUUGGCCAAGUCUCACCAGGUCCAGUCAUCCCAUCAGCACAACCAGCUGGACCAAAGCAGCAUCAACUCAUCACCUGUUGAAGAAUCUAGCUCAGAUAGCUACGGAGACUCUUCUAGGACUGUCACGCCUUCAAUGUUCUCGCGUGAGUACGUCCAGCCCUCCGAAAUCUUGUCUGAUUUCCUCUUCGCUGAUGAUGAAGUUCCUGUUCCAGGAACUUCAUCAUCUGGAACUGGAACUCAGGAAUCAGAUUUUAAAAAUAAAUUUGUUGUAAAAAGCGAACAAGAUUUAAAUCACAUGCUUAUUGGUAAAAAUCAAGAUUUGGAUCAUCUGCUUCCUGAUGAUCAAGAUUUUUCUGAUCAAUUUAUAGUUCCAGAUCAAGAUUUGAAUGAUCAAGAUGAUUCUGAUCAAUUUGGAAUUAAAAAUAAACAAGAUUUUAAUCAGUUGAUUAAAAAGAAUCAAGAUUUUAAUCUGUUGGUUUUCAAAAAUCAAGAUUUGAAACCUGAAUUCAUUGUUCCGGAUCAAGAUUUACAAGAUUAUAAUCGAUUGUUUAAAAAACAAGAUUAUAAAUUAAUUGGACAACAUUCGGAUUUAAAUUUGGUUAAUGAAAAACAAGAUUAUAAAUUAAUUGGACAAGAUUUAGAUUUAAAUUUCGUUAAUAAAAAACAAGAUUAUAAUCGAUUGAUUAAAAAACAAGAUUAUAAAUUAAUUGGUCAAGAUUCAGAUUUAAAUUUGAUUGCUAAAAAACAAGAUCUGAGUAGAUUAAAAAUUGAAAGUGAAGAUAUAAUUAUAAAAAAUGAACCAGAAUUAAUUAUUGAUGAUGAAGAAAAUUUUGAUAUUAAUAUGGAACAAGAUUUAGAUAUGGAAAAUGAAGAUGAUAUUAAUAUCGACUUAAAAUCUUUUGGAGAAGAUGAUUUAAUUAAAUUUGUGAAUACGUUUAAUCCUAAUUGGAUGCAUGAUAUGUUGAUGGAAGAAGAUGAUGAUAAUGAGCAUGAAGAUGAUAAUAAUGAUGAUGAUUGUGAAGAUGAUAGUAAUAGUAAUAGUGAUAGUAAUUACGAGCAAGAACCAGCGCAAUCUUUGUUUACAAGCUCGGUAAAGCGAGAAUUUCCUUGGAAGAUAACAAAUCUGAAUAUAGAAACUAAGAUUAAGAUUAAGAUGAGCAAGAAUGAAGAAGAAUAUUUAUUGUCGACUGUGAAUAAAUCUUGGCUGGACAAAAUGUCGCCGAGAAUAAGAAGAUUGUACCGCAAGAUGGCGGUGAGGAGGAUAAAGCGCUUGGGGAAUAUGAGACUUAUUGAUUGGGAUAAUGAUAGGGAAGAAAAGGUCGAUAAGAAAGAGGGCAGGGUUAUCGAUAGGUUUAGAACGGACUUCCUUACUGCGAGGAGUGAGCAAAGGUUGAUAGGCUUUUGUGAACAUGGGGAGAUUUGCAGUCCUUAUACUCAGAGGAAGUUGAAGCCGUUUAUUAGAAGGGAUGAAAAUUGUCAGCCAUUGUGGCUCAAGGUUAUGGCCGAGAUGGAUGCUAAGGUUAAUGGGAAGAAAGAUAACUGGAAACCUAGGGCAAGAAGCACGGUUGACUUUUCUUAUGUCAGGCCUCAGCAUAUUCCGGGGAUCAAUAGCUUGGCGUGUCAGUUCUUCUGGCCGGGGAUUGAUUUGACCGAGUGUCUACAGUAUCCAGAUUUCACCUGUGUAGUCCUCUACAAGAAGCUAAUAAUAGGCUUCGGAAUCCUGGUCCCAGACAUCGGCUUCGAGGAGUCUUACAUCUCUUUCUUUCUGAUUCGACCCGAGUGGAGAAACGCAGGAAUCGGGACUUUUAUGCUCUAUCACCUGAUACAGACCUCCAUGGGCAAGGACGUUACUCUCCACGUAUCAGCGACGAAUCCUGCGCUAAUCUUGUAUCAAAAAUUCGGAUUUAAGAUCGAACAAUUCGUCCAGGAUUUCUACGAUAAGUACAUGACCACCGGUGCUAAGGAAUCUAGACAUGCUUUAUUUCUAAGACUCAGCCGUUAAUUUUUAAUAAAGUUACUAACUUUUUUAAGAAAGACUUGUU